GCGGUGGCGGAGCGUGUGCCCGGCCGCGACAAUGCGCAGUGUCUGCAGCGCUGGAACAAGGUGCUGAAGCCCGGGCUGGUCAAGGGCCCGUGGUCGGUGGAGGAGGACGCGCUGCUCAUGGAGAUGAUGCUCAAGGGCUACGACAACUGGCGCCAGGUGUCCAACAACAUCCCGGGGCGAACGGCGAAGCAGUGCCGUGAGCGCUGGCGGAACCGCUUGGACCCGAGCAUUAACAAAUCGCCGUUUACAGAGGAGGAGGACGAAGCGAUCCAGCAGGCGUACGAGAAGUACGGCAACCGUUGGACGCAGAUUGCUGAGCUUCUGCCAGGUCGCACGGAGGACGCAGUCAAACUCAGAUGGAAGGCUCUGAAUCCGAACCAGAAGACGUACACAAAGCUUGGCCGCCCGCGACUGUUGAAUACGGAUGACGCUCCGCCAGUUUCGACGUCACCUGUCAGACCGAAGAUGCCGUACGUUGCUCCCGCACAUCCUGUGAAGAUGGAAAUGCCACACCAGCCACUGCCAGUCAGCAACAAUGUCAUUAGCACGACCCAGGUGAAUUUGGAGCCAAUUCUGUCCCCUCUUGAGGACGAGACGGACGAGCGAAUGAGCGAGGAGGACGUCAUGAUACUGAACGAAUUCUUGCGUGGACACUCGAACAACUCGCUUGGCAAUGGGAGCUUCAAGAGCCUGCUUUCCGGCACGAGCCUGCGCGAUCUUGGAGAUGAUAUUGAUGCUGCGAUUCUGAGAAUGGAGUCACAAUCAGGAGUUCAGCCUCUGGCCCGAUCUGUUACGGAAGACUCGACGGUGGCCAAGCCGACGGCAAACCCGAUGGGACGUCCUCCUCACCGUAUGCUGAACAAAAUGUUGAGCCUUGGAGAUACGAAGAGUGCUAGUCUUCGCUCAAUUACAGCAGAUGUGGAGCCCGACGACUCAUGGAUCAACGGAGGCCUGACGAGACGUCUCAGCAGUUUGUCCGUGAAUGGCGAAGGUAUCUUCGAGCAGCAGCUUGUUGACGGCAACCAGAAAUUGAACUCCAUGGACUCGUUCGAGCAGCAGCUUGCGUCGCUUAACGAUGCUGGCUCCUUGAUGAGUCUUCCGCUGGACUUGGGCGAGGAGGGCAAGGCAGAUAGCGCGGUGGCGGCUGCAACUUACGACGCUGUGAACAGCGCAGGCCCGGCAGCUCCUGGAGCCGUGUCUCAUGACUCGCUGCAGCAGUUAAUCUUGGAGGACGAGAUCCCGGUCCACGGACUCUCGAACCAGACAGCCACGACCACAGACACAAAAACCAUGACGGCGCAAGAUUUCUAUAGCACUGCAGUCCCGCAUGACCAGCUCUCGGCAGCGCACCGCUUUGAGAUUUAG